AAGAGAGAGGGCCGCUGGAGGCCAGGAAGAGCAGGGCCAGGAGGGCAUGGAGAGCCGGACGGGGCUCCUGACCCUGGAGGCUACCCAGAGAAGCCGGCUGAGGCUCAGGAAACCUUGGAGCAAAUUCAGCAUUUCCAGAAGGUCUCUGACGUUCCAUGCACUUGUUGAACUUUUCCAGCCCUGGAAUGGGUGCCCAGAAAAGAGGAGCAGUUCCCAUUCCGGUGGGAACUGCCUGCCAGGUGCCUCAUCCUGUGGGACUAGCAGACGUGACACAGACACCAAACACUUCACUUCCUCUUUUCUCCAGAACCUUUAACCCAGUGGUCUCUACGUGAGCUGGGGCUUUAGCCAAGCAUCAGGGAGUCAGGACUUGGAUCGCAAGCAGUUUCUGCAGGGUGUGAAGCCAUCUGACCACAGCUGAUCCACACGAGGGCACCCUCAGGCAUUCUGAUUGGGGCCCACCAGCUCUUGCAGCUGGCACUUCCUUCAGCUCCAUUUGGAGCGCUCUCCAACCAAAGGCCGAAAGAGAAAAAAAUGAAGGAGUAAAAAGCGGCUCUGUGCCCUUCUUGGAGCUCCCACUGGAACUAGAACCCCACAGCCCCAGCUCCAAGAGAGAUAUGUGAUGAUUCAUUCAAUAAUUUGAGGGCCUACUAUGUGAUGAAACUGACCAUGAAUCAGACACAGCCUCUGCCGUCAAAGAGCGUACAGUCAGGUUAGAGAUCAGAACUCUAAUCCACUUUUUUACAGAUGAGAAAACUGAGGUCCAGAGAAGUUGUGCCUUGCUCAAGGUCACGCAACUAAAUAGCACCAGAGGUGAGACCAGAAACUAUGUCUUUCCACAACUCUCAGCUCAGAACUCUUUCAAAUGGGCCACCCACCCUUUUGAGUACCACAUCUCAGCUUCUGUUUGAGACUCUAACUAGCUUUCGUGACCUUCCCAUGUUUUCGCCUACCAUCAUCCUCCCAAACCUGGAGCCUAGGGUUUGGGAAAGAAGACGUUGAGCCCUGAAGAGAAAGUUACAGGCUGGGCCUUUUGAAACUUCCCCGAAAAGAAAAGGAAAGGUUACUCUCUACUCCCUGCGUUAACUCUUCCCGUGCCGAAAGGCUGAGGCCGUUAAAAAAAAAAAAAGAAAAGAAAAAAGGCAGAGUGGUCUCACUCAGGACCUGUAGGCUGGAGUGCCCACCUCCUGCUGGAUGGGGAGCCACCUGUCAGAGGGCUGUCGGCGAGGGCCGCGGGACCGGAGGGUGAGCGCCGCUGAGCGCACGCUCAGAGCAGAGAGACGCAGGAGGUGAUGGUCAAAUACCCUGGGAGCUGAGGUGGAGGAUUCUGGAGGUGACAGCAAGGAGAGUACGCAACUGCGAAGGGCGCCUGAAGCUUCUGCGCCGACACCAGGCGGGUGGGAGACAGGAAAGGAAGGCAGCGCGGCGGCGCUGCGGGAGGGCUCCGCCGGGGCGGGGGGUGCCAUGUCUCACGAGCGGUCCCCCCGCACCGACAUCCCCCGCAACCUGAGCUUCAUCGCCGCGCUGACAGAGCGCGCCUACUACCGCAGCCAGCGGCCCAGCCUCGAGGAGGAGCCGGAGGAGGAGCCAGGAGAAGGCGGGACGCGCCUCGGGGCCCGAUCCCGAGCUCCCGCUCCGAGUCGGGAGCGCAGGGCUCGCUCUGCGCCCGCCGGAGGCAGCGGUACCCGGGUGCCCCACAGCCGCAGCCCCGACACCCGUAAGAGAGUGCGUUUCGCCGACGCGCUUGGGCUGGAGCUGGCCGCGGUGCGCCGCUUCCGCCCGGGAGAGCUGCCUCGGGUACCCCGCCACGUGCAGGUCCAGCUGCAGAGGGACGCCCUUCGCCACUUCGCGCCGUGCCAGCCCCGCGCCCGAGGUCUCCAGCAGGAGGCGCGCGCUGCCCUGGACCCGGCCAGCGAGCCUGGCUUCGCGGCCCGCUUGCGGGCGCAGCGAAUCUGCCUGGAACGCGCCGAGGCGGGCCCGCUGGGCGUGGCCGGAAGCGCGCGCGUGCUGGACCUGGCCUACGAGAAGCGCGUGAGCGUGCGCUGGAGCGCUGACGGCUGGCGGACCCAACGCGAGGAGCCCGCUGCCUACGCCGGUCCGGCCCCGCCCCCGCCGCGCGCCGACCGCUUCGCCUUCCGCCUGCCGGCGCCACCCAUUGGUGGCGCCCUGCUUUUCGCCUUGCGCUACCGCGUUAGCGGCCACGAGUUCUGGGACAACAACGGCGGCCGUGACUAUGCUCUCCGUGGGCCCGAGCACCCGGGCAGUGGUGGAGCCCCGGAGCUCCAGGGCUGGAUCCACUUUAUCUGAGAUGCCUGCGUCCGACGGCGGAAAAAAAUCAAAGGCACCGGGGGGCUGGGGGAGCCCGAAGAUUUGGUGGGGAGGAAUGGGAGAAACCGAGAUUGGCGGGGAGCUGCCCUAGAG